AAAAAACGGGCCUGCCCGGGAAAUUGCCCUGUCGGUUGUCGACCCAUUCUGACCCCUGCGCGUCGCUCCAUGUGCAAAAACACGCAAAUGCCCUGCCAAAUACGGUAUACUGUACACAGUUCGCUACUGACUGGUCGAAACAUAGUAAUCCCUGCUCGCGGACCAAUCAAUGAGGACUUUGUUGGGAGGGAGCUUACCGGUAUUUGGGGUUCCGCCGUUGUACGAGUACUCGUAUGCGGACGACGGGCGCCGUAACUCCCGCGUAAUGAUCCCGAGAUCCCCAACCCUGAUGCCCUGAGCAACGCAGGGGUCACAAGAAAAUAAUGCGUCGCCAUGGAAAAGGAGUUGCCUUCAUCUAAAAGCCUUGCCCUCCUAUCGUUCACCUCCAUCUCUUUUCCUCCCUACUCCCUAUCCAUCCUUCAAUCCUCCACACCCCGCUGGCCAAGGUCUCUUCCUUUUGCUGGUCACAGCCAUGUGAGUAGGCGAUUCCUCCCUCCCGUUGUUCACCCAUUUCUAAUUCUGCUUGCUGCAGGUCGAACAUCACUACAAUACUCCCGGAUUCGGGUGCCUACUGGGCCGUUUAUGAGAAGAUUUCACAGGUGAACGUUCACCUAAAUAUACUGGAACGUCUCUGGGCGGCGUGUUAGUUCUCCCGGUUCCUUUGUUGGAUACACUUGUUCAUGCCAUUGUUAGGGUAUCAAUACAUGGAAAACGAUACCCUCGCUACCGGGAUCAUGUCGUUCAUCAUGCACGAAGUUGUUUACUUUGGCCGCUCACUGCCAUGGGUGAUUAUUGAUAGAAUUCCCUGGUUCCGAAGAUACAAAAUUCAAAACGUGCCCCCCCCCCUCCCUCAUUUCCUGAUCUCGGCACUGGCAGGGACUAAUCCACAACAGACUAAGCUCCCGACCGCGGAAGAGCAGUGGAGAUGUGCAAAGAUGGUUCUUCUAUCUCACUUCACUGUCGAGCUUCCCCAGAUCUGGUUUGUGGCCUCAAUUGCGCGAUUCCCUCCAUCCCCAGUGACUGAUUUUCGUAGGCUUUUCCAUCCCAUGUGCAAGUACUUCGGCAUGGAUACGGAUGUCCCUUUCCCACCAUGGACGAAGAUUGCCUAUCAAGUUGCCAUUUUCUUUGUCUUGGAGGAUACCUGGCACUACUGGUCCCAUCGUGCCUUCCACUGGGGCCCACUCUAUAAAUACGUCCACAAGAUUCAUCAUACAUACGCAGCGCCCUUCGGUCUCGCUGCCGAGUACGCUUCCCCUAUUGAGGUUAUGGCUCUUGGUCUUGGCACCGUCGGCACACCAGUCUUGUGGUGUAUGAUUACCAAAGACCUUCAUAUUCUCACUGUCUAUAUUUGGAUCGUCCUUCGGCUGUUCCAAGCUAUUGAUGCCCAUUCUGGUUACGAGUUCCCGUGGAGUUUGCACCACUUCCUCCCUUUCUGGGCCGGCGCCGAACAUCACGAUGUUCACCACGAAAGAUUCAUUGGCAAUUAUGCGAGUUCUUUUAGGUGGUGGGAUUACCUUCUCGAUACCGAGGCUGGUCCGGAGGCUGCUAAGAAGAGACGUGGGAAGAGGUUGGCCGAGGAGGCUGCUAAAGCUAGAAAGGCUCAGUAGGCUGGUCACAAGGGCUGUCCGUUGUUGUGAUGGUGUAGCUGGGAGCCACAAAAUAUUACAUCACUAAUUCUGCUUUGCUUCCAUAGUUACCACGAUUGGGAUUGGCUUUAUUCGAGGAGUAGAUGGAGAAGCGUCCCCGCUCGCGAGUAGGGUCAUUGGGAGAACCGGUGUUUGUUUUUUUGCUGAUUUUGCUUUUCCUUGUUCACGAGAGCCGCUGUUAACAACGGGUGGCGGAUCGGAUGCCCGGUCGCUUGAAAACAAUACCUUUGCAUAUGUUUGGGCUGAAUAGAUCAUUAUAUGGGCCUCCAAUGUUUAGGCCAUCUAGAGUAGGUAGUCCAAUUUCUUCGAUGGAUUGACCACG